AUGUUUGAAGCACAAGCAAAGCGCCUACUUUAUGGUCUAAUACUAUUAUUAGUAUUAUCUUAUUUAAAGCAAGUAAAUGGGCGAGUAGUCGAUGAGCAUGAUAGAUUGGACAAUGAAGAGGGCGAUGACGUUUCCGUUCACAAUAAAAGUUCAUCUACGACUCCAUUAAUUGACUUUAAUAAUACAAAUUCUGACGGCAACGGAAUCAACAAUGCGACAUCGAACCUGGCUGUUGUCACGUGGUACAAUAAAGAAAAGUAUAAGGACAAAUCAACAGAACAAAAGACACACGAAUCACAAUCGGGUCAGAAUUCUAAUACGACGACAACAACAACAAUUAUUACCACUACGAUGUCAGCAGCUACAACUACGGUAGUAACAGCCAGUUCCACAAAAGAAUCAAGUCGAGUCAACUACACAUUACCGAAUGGUAUUCUUUACGAAGGAAAUCUGGUAGCCGGGAAAAGGCAAGGGUUUGGUACGAGUUAUCAUCUUGACAAAAGUGUUUAUACAGGCGAAUAUCUCAAUGAUAGACGAUCUGGCCUAGGAUCCAUGACUUGGCUUGAUGGGAAGAAAUAUGAAGGUGAAUGGAUCUAUGACAAGAUAUCCGGUCCAGGUGAAAUGAUCUGGCCUGAUCGUAGCAAAUACAAUGGUGAUUGGAUUAAUGGAAAGCGAAGUGGCACUGGAACAUUCUACUUCGCUGAUGGUAGCAUCUAUGAGGGUAGUUGGAUCAACGACAAAAAGUUUGGUCAAGGAUCAUUAACGUGGCCUGAGGGAAAAAAAUACGACGGUGAUUGGGUAUACGACAAGAUGUCAGGUGAAGGUACAUUGAUAUGGCCUAAUGGUGAUAUAUAUAGAGGUGAAUUUAUCGAUGGAAAACGAAUCGGAUCGGGCGCAAUUUUAUACGCUGAUGGAAGGAAUUAUUCGGGCAAUUGGGAAAAGGAUAAAAAAUCUGGGCGAGGGCUGAUGAUCUGGCCCAGUGGACAACAAUACGAUGGUGAUUGGGCUGAUGAUAAAAUGUCGGGUCAAGGUGUAAUGACAUGGCCUGAUGGCAGUAAAUACGAAGGUAGUUUCAUGAGUGGAUGUCGAAAUGGAAAUGGAACACAUACGUUCAGUGAUGGCGGCGUAUACAUGUCAGGCGAGGGUGUUUUAACAUGGAGUAACAAUGAACGGUACACAGGCAGUUUUCUCAAUGAAAAUCGACACGGUUCUGGAACUCAUCAGUAUGCGAAUAGUGACAGUUAUAUUGGUGAUUGGGGAAAUGACCUGAGAUCCGGUAGAGGUAUGCUGACGUGGUCGGAUGGAAGAAAAUACGAUGGUGAUUGGAAAGGUGACAAAAGAUCGGGACACGGCACGAUGGUGUGGCCUGAUGGAAGUAGAUACGCGGGUAACUGGUUGGAUGACAGUCGUGCAGGACCGGGCGUAUUCAACUCAAGCGAUUAUAGUAUGUACGAAGGCAACUGGAAAAAUGAUGAAAAAUCUGGUCAAGGAUUGAUGAUCUGGCCUGACGGACGACAAUAUAAUGGUGAUUGGCUUGAUGGUAGAGUAUCGGGUCAUGGUGUAAUCCCAUGUAAAAAAAUACACGAGAAAACCUGA